AUGUAUUACGUGUUGUCGAAUGUGAGAAUAGCGCAGAUAGUACUGUGGUGAAUUUACACUGAGUGACUGUGUCCUGUGUCCUCAACCUUCCAGCCAGGCAGCUUGUUCACCUAAACCACACUAACUAUUAACAAUUAAUAAUCUUCUGCUGUGAGCUAGAUGUGAGAAGAGAAAACACUGGACAGUCUCCCGACCUGACUCUCUGAACAUUUUCCAGACUUGAUGUGUGAAAAUAGUUUUGGACUGCCACUUUUGCAGCAAUUUCCUAUCCAGUGUGUGUGUGCCAGCCAGGAAUCACCCAAACUGAUGUGGAUCAUCUGAUUGAGUUUAAAGAUAAAUUCCUUGUUUCUUGUUUUGCCAAGCGGAAAGAAUGUCGGAAAGGGCCGAGGAUGACGUCAGGGGGGAACAGCGCCGAGCGGCCAGGCAGCAGCUGAAGCAGCAGCAGAUCCAGCGGGGAGAAGGCUCCACAGCAAUGGCGACUGUUGCGGAGCGGAGAUCGUUGCCUAGUCCAGAAAUAAUGCUGGGACAGCCUUGGAGCAGCUGGGUCGACGCCGCCAAACUCCACGGCAACGACGGUGCUGAAUCGGAGGAAAGUUUUAAAGACUUCGGGAAAAAUCGAGAAGCCAUGCGUUUGUGCAGAGAAGACAUGUCCAUAUUUGGCCAGUGUCCCGCACAGGACGACUUCUACCUGGUGAUGUGCAGCCACUGUGGUCAGGUAGUCAAGCCACAAGCCUUUCAAGCACACUUUGAGAGAAGACACAGUUCGGCCAGCAAGCCAGCGUCCACCUCGCCGUUUCCUGCGUCUGUCAGGAACCGGAGCAGCGGCAGUGGAAUUGGGCCCGGGAUGGGCUCGGUGUCCGUAGCUGCAGUGGCUACCGGAGGCGUCCUUGGUCGACCUUCAGCUGCUAGCUCAAGCUUAUCCUCCUCUUCAUCAUCGUCCUCCAAUCCCAAACUUGUCAAACCAGCCAAAGAGAAGCUGCCAGGCGUUCAGCGAAGACCCCCCUUUGCCCCCUUCAGGAUGAACCAGCCAGAAAAGAUCCUUCCAGCUGUCAAGAUGGACAAGAUGCAUCCGAAGCCGGACACGCCAGCUAAGCCGGCGCAAGCUCCAUCUGCCCCCGCCACCACCUCAUCCUCCUCUACAUCCUCCUCUAGCACCACUGUGAGCUCCAACACUACCACCAUCACGACCUCCUCAUCAGCCCUAAAAGCAGGCCUUAACUGUCCCUCCAUACCAAAGCCUCCAUUACUGGCCCCAGGUCAGAUUCCCAAUGGCAAGGGCCACCUCACUGUCCUCUCGGAGAAGAAGCAGGACAGCAGCAGUGCGAGUAGCAGACGUCACGUUAACAAGAAAGUCACAGAACGUGAGUUUAAUCCAGAUAUCCACUGUGGCGUUAUAGAUGUGACAUCUCGAAAACCCUGCACAAGAUCCCUAACAUGCAAGACACAUUCCUUAAGCCAGCGGAGGGCGGUGCCAGGGCGGAGGAAGCGCUUUGACACAUUGCUGGCAGAGCACAAGAACAGAACAAGGGAGCGGGAGAGGGAGCGAGAACUCCACCAAAAUCAUUCCCAGCAAAACCCCCCUCUCAGGGACCCACACCCCUCUUCCCACCUCACCCCUGGCCAUGAUGCCCACCAGGUGGCUCAUGGAAACGGCCCAGCCCUUGAUGCCACUAAGCCUUUGCCAAUUGGAAAGCCCAAAUUUCACAGCCCUGGUCUUCCACGCAGUCACGGAGGUGGUAUUUCUGGAGACUCUGCAGCAGUCCACGAGUCGCUGCACCAUCCCCAAACGACCCCCGAUGGCUUUUCUAGACCAUCCAGUGAUGAGGGAGAGAACGAGGAGCGUGAGGACAAUGCUGAGAAACUGGACUGUCACUAUUCAGGUUAUCAUCCACGACCGGCAGCUUACUGUACUUUUGGGAGUCGACUGUUUGGGAGAGGCUAUUAUUCCUUUGACCGGCGAUGGGACAAAGUGCGAUGUGCCCUCACCACAAUGAUGGAAAAGCAUGUCAACUCCCAAAUGUGGAAGAAAAUCCCCUUAGCCUUGGAGAACUCCUCCUCUGUUGCACCCACCCAUAGGACAAGCACAAAUUCCCACUGUAGCACUCCCUCUUCAGGCUUCCUGGGCCCUCCUGCCACCUUGCCCCAGACUCCUUACAGCCAAUCCUAUGAGGGCAAGUCAGUGCUCUCCUAUGGGACCACCUUAAAUGCCCGCAGCUCGCCGCAGGGUGGGGCUGAGCACCCGGCCUAUGGCACCACACAAGCCCGACAAGUGUCUUCGUCGCCGCAGAUGCCUUCAGCCCACUUGUCCUCAUCCUCUUCUUCUUCAGCUCCUUCCCUAACCUCAGGCCGGGUGCCUAAGUCCCGUUCCUCCGGCAGCAGCACUACCAAAUCUUCGUCAUCUUUUAGGCCCAAGGAGAGCUCGUCUGGCUCCUCCGUAACCAUCAUCCCCAACACCACCAGUGGAGGAAGCACUGGAGCCAACAAUACCAGUAGCGGCGCUAGCUUCAGCUCGGGGAAGAAGAGGAAGAACAGUUCUAUCCUCUCUUCAUCCCAUGGCUCCACUGAAUCUUCCUCUUCCAAUGCCAACUUCUCUUCCUCCUCUUUUAAGAAGAACUGUGCAAAUGUCGGCAGCUCAGGGAGCACCUACCACCACAGCUCAUUAGGUCCUUCGUCCUCAUCGUCAUUAUCCUCCUCCCACAGUGGAGUCCACAGUGUGGGGCUUAACUGUGGGCCUACUGUGCGAACAAACUCCCUUAGCCUCAAGGCCGAGCUUUCUGGCAGUUCCGCCGGUGGCUCCUCUGGGCCACCAGCACGAGGUCCUCCCUCGGGGAGCCCUGCAGAGUCCAUCAAGCGUAUGAGCGUGGUAAUGAACAGCAGUGACUCAACCCUUUCCUUGGGACCUUUUGUCCACCACCAAUCCUCAUCUGACCACCACACCAGCUUUAGUCACCACUCCUCAGACGGGCGCCUGGAGGCCAAGAAGCGCAAAAGCUCUUCUGCCUCCAGUGGCGUAAAUAGCGGAGGUGGGGAAGGUGGGCUCGGAGUAGGAGGUGGGGGGCCAGGACCAGGUAGACCCAAAGUGGCCAAGUCACCUGCCAUUAACAACAUCCAUGGGAAGCAUGGGCGGAGUAUACCAGGGACACCGGGUCUACCCAACAACUCUCAUUUACAUCAGCCAAAGGCUCGUCCCUGACAGCGGUGUCCGGCUUCAGUGUAUGAAACUGGCAGGCGGGCGGGAAAUAAUCCAGAGUGGUCCGCAUACUGCUCUGGAAUGCAUGAGGCCUUCUGAAAUCAAAUCCACAUUACUCUCAGCUUCCCACAAUCCUCAGGGUGGAGAUAAUUUGGACUGCCCAAUGAUGUAUAUGUGGUCCUUACCGUUUCUCCCAAAGCCAUGUGUGUGUGUGAGGUGCGGGCAGGGGGAACUGAAUGGGGGAUAGCGUGGAGCGCCAGGGAUCUAAUGCGCAAGCAAAGGAUCCCCCCACGCCACUGUUGUCCCAGUAUUCUGAGAGGUCUUCCUGUUUGGUCGGAGGAAGGAGGAACAAUUGCAACAGCCAUCGGUCUCUUGUCCUGUAGUUCAAAGGUCAUUGGGUUCAGGUUAAGGGCUGCUGCAACAAGCCGUCAUGACACUGAGCAACUGGGGAGACAACGAGCAGAUCUCUUCCGUGUUUGUUUAAAAAAAAAAAAAAAAAAAAAGACUGUGUGAGAGUGUGUGUGUGCUUAUGUGUGUGUACGAGUAAUUUUUCUCAUGUCAAAUUCUGCUGGACUACUGGAAUUUCCAACUUAAUUACACCCCCAGCGCCUGAUCUCAGAAGCCUUGCAAGCAAAGCAGUAGGAGAAGAAAACUGUUACUUGCAAAAACCUUAAAAAAAAUACACACAAUCACCUUGUUUCACUUCUUGUUAUUGUGAUUCUCCCUGGCGACAUGUUAAGUUACCUCGGGUAACAUGCAGUAGCCUGAGACGAGCCCGUAGGGAUGAUCUGGUCACUUCUUUUAUUACCCGGAAUAAUUAUGCAAGUGUUACCUUUCUAUGAUUUCUUAUGAUCUUUUUACACUGAACUACAAAGGGGCUUUGUAGACUUGGUGAAGACGGUUGUGCUUUUAAAUGUGAAAAGGACACCUGAUGUGCCCAUUCGAUUGGAUCUUUUGUCAGAGAGGGAGAGAUCGGUCUCGAGGAAGCCUGUUAAUUUUCGGAAUCUUUUCAGCGUGCAAAAUGAUAGCCACAGUAGACCUACCCCCAACUGUGAACAGCACUAAAUAACUACUUUCUCCACAGGCACUGCUUUAGUUGUCCACAAAGCAAGCCAAAAAGCUGCUAUCAGCUUUGCCAACUACUUUUGUUUUUUUAAUUUUUUUUAAGUAAAAGGUGGGCAGUCUUGCUUAUGAAGCGGUGAUGGCGCAUUUGUGGAUUGAAGAAAAUCUGUGCAAGCUGUAUAACUAUAGCCACAAGUUACCUACUUUUUACCUAUACCGCUGAGUGAAUUCCACAGCUGUAUGUGGGCAGAUGUGAAUUGUAAUUUUUUUUUUUUUUUUUUCUAAACAUAGGGAAUCAGGUAUGGUACGUCUUAACUGGAGCAAACUUGCACGUCACCUGUCUUCUGUGGGUAUGAUUGUCCCUCGUGUGUGUAACCACUACCCAAGCUCUGGACGUUACAGUUUGAAUGCCUCGCAGUAACACUAUGUUCAGAAGAGAUUUGUCACAGUAGACGAGGCAUUGUACUCUUGUUCCGCUGUCAAAAUAGUCUUAAAUCAGGCAAUACUUGCCCAACUCGUUGGGAAAUAGCUUAGGUCGAGAGGUCUCGGGGACGAGCGUUACAGUGUGAGAUUCAUGGAGAUGGCUUCACUAGAUCUUAGAUCUUUUGGCAACACCUGUUUUAUGGAACCUCCACUGAUGUCAAUUAGUGUGGAAAACCUAGUAGACUUUUUUUUUUAAUCUUCAGUUAGCUUUUUUUUUUUUUUCUUGUAGCCUAUGUAUCAAACAAGUACUGAAGUAUCCCUAUUUGAGAAAACAUAUUUUGUUAACAAAUUGUACAUAGUUAAAAUAUGUAUUUUUGCACAGGCAUUUUUUUGUACACGCAGAAUUUUUGGUACAAUUUUGAAAAAUCAUUAUUUAUUUAGUAAAAAAAAAACAUUAAAAAAA